AUGGCUCCUGAUAGGACUGGGAAAAGCGUUUUCCUGGGGAACAUCCCCUACAACCUCACUGAGGAACAAGUCAAAGACAUCCUCAGUACGGCCGGGACUGUCACCAAAUUUCGGUUGAUGAUGAAUCCAGAGACGGGAAAGCCCAAGGGCUAUGGUUUCGCAGAUUUCGCCGACGCCGACGCAGCUGCCUCCGCUGUGCGCAACCUCAACGACCACGAGGUUAUGGGCCGCAAGAUCCGCGUCGACUGGCCUCACAACAACGAAAAAGACUCCGUACCUCCCGACUACUCGCAACAAUCGCAGCCAAUGAUGAAUCAAGAUACCGCGCCGCAGCAACAGAUCCCAGGCUCAGCUCCGCUGCCACCUCUCCCACCGGGCGUUGAAUUGCCGCCGCAUAUCGACUGCCCGACCGCCAUCUCCCACACACUCGCCUCUCUUCCACCAAACCAGCUGCUCGAUGUUUUAACACAAAUGAAGUCUCUUGCGGUUGCUGAUCCAGCUCGGGCGACCGAAUUGCUCCGCCAGGCACCCCAGCUCGCUUACGCCAUCUUCCAAGCUCUGCUCCUCAUGAACUUGGUCGAAUAUCAGUUGCUUGGCUCCAUUGUGGAACAGGCUGCCCAACCCCCACAAGUUGCUCAACAGCAACCUCAGCAGUUCCAGCCCUAUGGGAACCCAGGCCAAAUCUCUACGCCACCCGUCACCGGCACCCCCUUCGCUCCUCCACCUGCUCAACCCGCCGCGCCAGUUCAUGGCCAAGAGGAAUUGCUCCAGCAAGUCAUGAGCAUGCCCCAAGCUGCCAUUGAUGCUCUUCCUCCAAUGGAAAGGGGCCAAAUUAUGAUGCUACGCCAACAACUUAUGCAAAGCGGCAUGCGCUAG